CGGAAUUUUAUAGAAACAUCAUCUAAGCCCAAGGCCAAGCCCAUUCAUAUCUUUAAAACUAGGGUUUUCGUUGAAUCUAUGUUAUAAAACCCUGAAGCUCACAUAUUUCGCCGUUGGCCUCCAGAGCAUUGCAGAACCAAGAAAAUGGGUGAAGGUGCUGUGGUUCCCGAGUCAUUUUUGAAGAAGCAGAAGAGAAGUGAAGAGUGGGCUCUUGCAAAGAAGCAACAACUCGAAGCAACUAAGAAGAAGAAUGCCGAGAAUAGGAAGUUGAUCUUUAACCGUGCUAAGUUGUAUGCUAAGGAGUAUGAUGAGCAGCAAAAGGAGUUGAUCCGCCUGAAGCGUGAGGCACGUCUUAAGGGUGGAUUCUAUGUUAGUCCAGAGGCCAAGCUCUUGUUUAUCAUCAGGAUUCGUGGUAUUAAUGCUAUUGACCCAAAGACCAAGAAGAUCCUCCAACUUCUUCGACUGAGGCAGAUAUUUAAUGGUGUAUUUUUGAAAGUGAACAAAGCCACACUAAACAUGUUGCGACGAGUGGAGCCAUAUGUGACAUAUGGAUACCCUAACCUGAAAAGUGUGAAGGAAUUGAUUUACAAAAGGGGCCAUGGUAAACUUAAAGGCCAAAGGAUUGCAUUGACAGACAAUUCUAUUGUCGAGCAGGCUUUAGGCAAGUUUGGCAUCAUCUGUGUUGAAGAUUUGAUCCACGAAAUCAUGACAGUCGGGCCUCACUUUAAGGAAGCCAACAAUUUCUUGUGGCCAUUCCAGCUCAAGGCACCAUUAGGUGGUCUUAAAAAGAAGAGGAACCACUAUGUUGAAGGUGGUGAUGCUGGAAAUCGUGAGGAUUUCGUUAAUGAGCUUAUUAGAAGGAUGAACUAGGUUCACCAUAGUAUCCCCAUGUUCAUUAGUUAUAAUAUGAAUGCUCUGUUUAUUUGUACUCUGACAUUGUACUUGAGCUUGUUUUGAGGUUAGACGGAAAUUACCCUGAUGUUUUGCAGCAGUUAUUGAAAUUUUCUCGAGAACUUGGAUAUUGUUUGUGUUCUGAAUAUUUUGUUGAAUGCCAUAUUUGACAAGUAUGCUCAAAUGUAUCUUUAUUAAUUUAUGUUUCUUUAAA